GGGCUCGCUGUUCUUUUGUUUACGGGUCAGUGUCAAUGAGCGUCAUUCGCGAGGCGGGAAAAAUCGACUCACAUUUCUUCGAGUUCAAGCGCACUUUUGUUGGUAGUUCGUCGCCGGAUCAAGCAAGUAGAAUGGCAACACCGAGCGUAGAAAGGGAACAAACCGAUCAAGAAACGCCACGAACUGUUCCAGAAACGCAACGGGAUCUUGUGAGGCGACUACUUGGUGAAGUGUCGGAAAUGCGGAAAGAAAAUCAACAACUGCAAAGUGAAGUGGCAACGUUAAAGGCCAACGUCACGAAGAGAAGGCUCUUUCGACAACCCAAAGAUAAUGAUCCUGAAUGCUCUGUAAGUUAUUUCUUUUCAUAAAUAUUAUAAAAACAUAUUUGCCUUUCAACCAGUAUGACUUACGGUCAAGUCGCCCGAAAGUUAUCUCGCCCGAAACCAGAGUUCUGAGGGUUAAGCUUAAGCUUAUGUCGUCCGAUCGCGAAAUUUCUAGUUAAGUCGCUCGAGAUUUUAUCAUGCUCAACAGCAUCCUAAAAUCUUUAUCACGCUAGUUUCGUUUCCUCAAGAUCAAAUCUUAAAGAACGAGACAUAUUACUCUGAACUCAUUUAAAAUGCUUGUUUCGAUUCACCAACGCUUUAAAGAACGUGAUACCGUCAGUUAAAUCGUGUGCACGUGACGAGAAAACAUGUUCUAAUUGGGUGCAAACAUGACGGGUUUUGCCGCCAAACAUUCAAAUAUAGGUAGGCGGCUCUUCGCACGUGAACCUCUUGAUUUGUUUUUGCCCACCAAAAUAUCAUUCGCAAACUUUUAGAUGUUCAAAGAAUAAUUCUAAAAAGCAAGUGUGUUAUUUCUGAGCAGGAAAUAUUCCUGAAAAUUGAGAAAAAUAACAGAUGAGAACGUGCUGAUCAAAACCAUAUAAACAACUUUUAACCUUGGCGUGACAGUUUGCUCUAACAGCUGUCAAACAGGUUAAUGUUUGGUGGCAAAACAUCAUCGUCAUGUCUGUCACCCUAACAUGUUCCUUUUUUUUGUCUCAUCUAAACUUAGAUGCAACUGAUGGUAUACUGUAAAAUUCCGAAAAUAAGCCCGGGGCUUACAUUUUUCAAAGGUCCUUUUUGAGGGGCUUAUGUACGGACGGCAAUUUGCAUUUAAAAAUCGAUUGGUUAGCCUUAUUCUAGGUAGGAAAUUUACCAUUUUUCUUUGAUUACUUUGCAUUUGCGGGCAAUUUCCAAGUACAAGCCCCCCGGGAGCUUAUAUGUGGAGGGGCGAUUAAAUGGAGGGUUUUUUGCGUUACGAUUUUGAGGGGCAUAUAUUAGGAGGCGCUUAUACAUGGAGGGGCUUAUUUUCGGAAUUUUGCAGUAUUACAAAUUUAUCCUUGCAUCAUCCCUCAAAGAACGAGAUAUAUUAUAAAUGCUAUUUCCUUGAAUAAUAGCCAGGCCCUUGGGGAGAUUAUAAUUUUUUUUUGUGUCAAAAGGGGGCAAUUAUUUGAGGGAGGUGAUUAUUUCAAAUAUUGCUGACUGAAAGUCUAGCCCUAAAUGUUUUGUUUUAUUAUCCAUUAAUAAAAAAAAAAAGUCACAUCAAAUAAACUGAACUGAAUUUGGUUCCUUGAUUAAUUUUCAAUGUUAAUAUAGUUGAUAUCAGAGUUGAGGCAUCACUGAUGAUCAUUUUUGAUGGAUCACACCCCACGUCAGCUUUGUUUGUUAUCCAAGGUGUCACUUUUUAACUUGAUAAGGAGAGUUAAAAAAAAGAGAUGGCAAGAGGGGUGGGGACGAUUGUUCAAGGGAGGCAAUUAAUUGAGGGACAGCUAUUAUUCUAGGAAGUGCAGUAAUUAUCCCUCUUGUUUUCUCACUCUUUUGCUUAAAGAACAAAAUAUAUUACAUACACUCUUUACUAAAAAUUCUGUGUGACAUAAAUUAGCAUUUCGGACAACUUAACUACAAAUUUCAAGCGACAUAACUCUGGUUUCAGGUGGGAUGACUUUUGAUCAACUUGACUAGUUCUCAGCAGAGUCUGUUAGCCUGUGGGAGGGCUUGCAUUAGUGUUUGCUUUUUAUUCAGUGCUAUAUUUUAUACUUUUUUUAAGAACCAGAAAAAGUGUGGAAAAUAGAAAAAAGGCAGGAGCUUUUUUUGUUUUUGUUUUGUUUUUUCAAAGCUACAGUGAGUGCUUGAUAGGUGAAUUUUUUUUGCCGUAGUCAAAUCCUAUUCAAUUUCACCCUUAGUCAUGACAUUUAAUCACAGAAUGAGAAGUUUCAUAAUUCUCUUACGUCUACAUUGCACCUUGGUUACCGUACGUUUGCAGUGCACCAUGAAAAAAGCAUGGUUCCUGCGGUUUUCGAGGUCUUCAUUGUCACCUAUUUGGUGCCUUGAAGUCUGGAAAAAUGAACUAUUAUUUUUGGAAAAAGUCUUGAAAAAGUCUUGAAUUUAGGAUCCAAGAAUCUGUACUGACACUGCUGAUGUGUGGACUUGCUGCUGAUGGUCGUUGCUUGUAUACAUGU